UUGGAAAAUGAAAAAAUAUACAACCGAUCAGUUCCCGCUGUAAAAAAAAUUUUUCUGCAACGUAAUGACAAAGAUUCCAGACCCAAGCUUUACGUUUGGCAAACUUGGAAGGUACAGCGGCUAGAAAGCUUGUUGGCAGAGGCCAGAAGAAUUCUUGGGCUUGAAAAUAAUGAAGGAACUCGUAUUUUUACGCACAGUGGAGAUUUGGUAACCAGCGAAGAUCAGAUUGUUGAUGGACAAAUUUAUGUCGUUGCCGGUGAUGAAGAUUUUUACAAAAGACGUCAAAAACGAUUAGAAAAUAAAGAUGCAAUCUACAAUCGACCUGAUCAAACGCAUCCAGACGCUUACAUUAUCUAUGUUUUUCUGAACGGUAACGGACUCGAGUCCCAGUGCGUCCAUUUUCAAAGGAUGCAACUGGAAAGAGGAAUGGGUUUUGUUAUGGAACUGAUUGCCAGACGUUACGGUGUUAAACCUUACAAAUUAUGCAAGAUGGAUGGACAUCGUGUAAAGGAUGUUACGGAACUGAUGUCCCGUGGUGCAUACGUUCUAGUACCAGUUAGUCAGUCGUUUCGUGAUGCUUGGUAUUUCCUGCCGGAUAACGCUAUUGAUACCAGCGUUGACGUUGAUACAAUUAAACAACGUGAUGCUCAGCGAGAAAAGCUAAUUCUCCGCCAUGAUCAACGUUUAGCAGCACGUCGGAAACCCUCAAUGCCGGACGUCAGUGCUUUAAAUAUGGCACUGAGUAGGUGA